CCCUCCGUUACCCUUUCCACCUAAAAGCUCGAUACUUCAGAUCGAGCAGAACUGUCUUGCAGGCAAAAUUUUUUAGACGUUUUUUCUGAUGAAUGUGAAAGUAUCUCGCAGUGCUGUGUAAAUCACCAAGUUUCACCUGAAAAUCGAAAGCCAAAAUGUCGAACAACGCUGCCCAUCGUCACCGGUACAAAAAUGUCGGUCUGGAUUCGACAGAGAUGCGCCGGCGCCGGGAGGAGGAAGGGAUUCAGUUGCGCAAACAGAAACGGGAACAACAGCUGAUCAAACGACGCAAUGUCAACGUUGCCGAGGAACUGGACCAGGAUGCAAUUUUAGCUGACGAAACCCAAUCACCAGACCAGCAUGCAUUGAUUAAACCGGAAACACUUGAAGCGCUGUACAGCGCUAGCGUAGAGGAUCAGCUGUCUGCAACGCAAAAAUUUCGCAAACUACUAUCGAAGGAACCAAAUCCGCCAAUCGAUUUGGUUAUUCAACAUAAUAUUGUACCCCGUUUCGUAGAGUUCUUGGGUAAUACGACAAACUCGACGCUGCAGUUCGAAGCCGCUUGGGCAUUGACCAACAUUGCCUCCGGUACCUCAGAGCAAACGAGCGUGGUGAUAGCGGCCGGUGCUGUGCCGAUAUUCAUCAAACUUCUUGAGAGUCCUCACAUUGACGUGCAGGAACAGGCCGUUUGGGCGCUUGGCAAUAUUGCGGGUGAUUCACCAGAAUGUCGAAAUUUUGUUCUAGAUGCCGGAGUUCUGGAACCGUUACUUCAUGUUUUGAGUACAUCAGGCAGGUUAAAUUUAACUCGAAAUGCUGUUUGGGCGCUAUCGAAUUUGUGUCGUGGUAAGAAUCCUCCGCCGGACUUCACCAAAGUGGAGAAAGGACUACCGAUUCUCGCUCGGUUGAUGUUCCACACAGAUGUGGAAGUGCUGGGCGACGCCGUAUGGGCUGUGAGUUAUCUAUCCGAUGGACCGAAUGAUAAUAUUCAGGCAGUUAUAGAGGCUGGCUGCUGUCGGAGACUUGUCGAGCUGCUGCUACACAACAAUAAUAACGUCGUCUCGGCAGCGCUGCGAGCUGUAGGAAACAUCGUAACCGGCAAUGAUACCCAAACACAACUGAUCCUCAACUGCAAUGCCUUACCGUGUAUCCUGCAGCUACUUAGUUCUCCGAAAGAAACUAUCCGGAAGGAGGCAUGCUGGACAAUUUCGAAUAUUGCCGCCGGUAAUCGGCAGCAAAUCCAAGCCGUUAUUGACGCAAACAUUUUCCCAAGCAUUAUCGAGCUAUUAUCAAAGGCGGACUUUAAAACUCGGAAAGAAGCUGCCUGGGCGAUUACCAAUGCCACCAGUGGGGGUACUGUGGAUCAAAUUAAAUACCUGGUUCAAUCCGGAUGUAUACCACCUAUGUGCGAGCUGUUAACCGUAAUGGACCCGAAGAUUGUGACGGUAGCACUGAACGGUUUGGAGAACAUACUCAAAGCAGGCAAUCAACACAAGGUUAAACCUAAUCCAUACGCAAUGUUGAUUGAGGAAUGUUACGGUCUGGAUAAAAUCGAGUUCUUGCAAUCACAUCAAAACAAGGAAAUCUACGAAAAGGUAUUCAACAUCAUCCAGACAUACUUUAGCAACGACGAAGAAGAUGUAGCUGUGGCGCCAUCCGCUGAAAACAACCAGUUCCAGUUUAACGCCGAUCAAUCUGUGCCAAUGGAUGGCUAUCAGUUCUAAAUCACGAACCGUGCUGAUAACCUACAUACCGAUCUUCUAGUGUGCGAAGCAGAUAAACGAGAAAACCAAAAAUACUGACAAAAUCCCACUCGAUUUGAUUAUGACGGACGACGACCGGACAGACGGCUUUCGAAUAAAAAUGACCCAACAAAACAGCCCACCAUCCUCCGAUGUAGGCUAAUCAACUCUCUGGACCGAAUAUAAGAAAUGAUACUGUGAAUAGCUAGUGCAGUAGGAACUUAAUUUUCAAAGGUUCAGUGUUAGUCAGAAACUUGCAAGUAAUUAAUAAUCUAACUUUCUGUUUACUGCGCAGCAUGAAGGUUAACGAGACUUCAAACAUACACAGAGCUGAAGCCCUAGUCACAAGCCUAGAGCGUAAUAUUUGAUGGCCUUGUAUCGACCACCCUUUUGUGAUGACGGACUACAAACAUACAUACAUACAAACACAAACACCCAAAGAAAAUGGAGCAAGUUUGAGAAGUGAAGCAUACUAUAUUUGAAUCCACAAAUGAAGGCAACAUAACGAUUGUGAGCCGACCUACAAAGUUUUGUAUUCUCUACUAUUCGGCUGCAUCGCAAAAUCUGGUUCUAAUUCUAAGAAAAAAAAUCGGGGCAGAGAGGCACAGCAAUGCAAAAAGUGCAAAAUCAUCAGGCAAAAGAAGGAAAAAAGCAGAACAAUAUGAUAUUUCUGACUAACAAAAACAAAUUGUGAUUAGUGUUUACUAGUGCUACGAUUUAAGGGCAAAAGGCCGCGGAAAAUGUAACAUAACGUAACACAGUCCUAUUCUAUGUUUCAUUCAAUGCCGAAAUCGUGAUUAAUUUAAACUCAUUUUCGCGUAAGCUCCCGCUUAAUAAAAAGGAUAUUAAUGGUGAUCAAUACGAAUACGAUAAACAUUUUCGUUGUUUGGAACAGAUCCGCUUAAACUUUAUUAAGGACUUAUUUUGUUACAGAGCUUAUAACAUUAAAAGUUCAAAUAUAUUCGUUUCUUUUUUACUAUCAGUCGCUGUCA